GCGAGCCGCGAUGGACGCGCUCAAGCCUCACUGAGGCUAUACUAUAAAAAAUAUUAAAAUAGACUUGUCACAGUAUAACUUUUUAUGGUUUACGAAAUUUUUAAGUUAAUUAAUUAACCAUGGGUGCAGACAGGCCCAAUGGUGUGGCCAACUAUUGUAGGAGACCGCCGCAGCGCCCUCUAUUACAGAAAUUGCAGUACGCUAUAUGGAACCCUGAGGAAGGCACGUUCUUGGGUCGCACGCCGCAUAGAUGGGGUGUAAUCGGGCUGAUCUACCUGGUGAUGUACAUCUGCAUCAUCAUCUUCUUCUCCAUCUGCAUGUGCGGGCUGCUCGCCACCAUGGACGAUCGUGAGCCCUACUUCCAGCUCGCUGACUCUAUCAUAGGAGCCAACCCCGGCAUGGGACACCGUCCGCUGCUGUACGAGGAAGGGGCUCUUAUCUGGUACGACGGCGAGAAUGAUACGCAGAUCAAGAGAUACGUCGAUAACAUCAACGAGUUUCUUGCCCCGUACGAGAACAAAUCCCUCCUCGUCAACGGUGGAGUUAACCAGCGUGACUGUGGGACCGUGAAGCCUCCUCGGGCCGAAGUCUGCUCCUUCAGCACCGAUCAGCUCGGAGACUGCUCUGCUACGAAUGGCUUCGGGUACAGCAAUAGGAUGCCGUGCCUCAUCAUCAAACUUAAUAGGAUAUACAACUGGAAUCCCGACUUCUUCGACGAUCCCAACGAGCUGCCGCCCGACAUGCCUCCUGAUAUCACGAACUAUAUCAACUCCACUACAUCUCCCCGAGAACGUCGCAGAGUAUGGGUAUCGUGCAUGGGCGAGCGGCCGGCUGAUGUCGAAGCUUUGGGUCCACUCCGUUACUUCCCGUACCCAGGCCUGGACGAGACCUUCUUCCCGUAUGACAAUACACCUGGAUAUCUCAGCCCGCUGGUGGCCGUGCAACUUCUUAAGCCGAAAUUGAACCAAAUCAUCAACAUCCGCUGCCGGGCCUGGGCCCGCAACAUACAGUUCACCGAGAGCCUGAAGGAGCGACUCGGCUCCACUCAUCUCGAGAUCAUGAUCGACUGAGACCCUGGAUAACUAUACGAUGUCAUCGGAGACGUCAACAAAUUAUAUCAUUAUCAGUGGACCGUGAACCAAUCUAGCCGUGGGCGAAAACCACAUACGAGUCCCUUUUCAAUGUGUUUUCCCAAGGUAAUAAAAGCUUUGCGAGGCCCCCCUAAGUGCGAGGCCGUGGGCGAAGGGCACAUUCUCCCACGCCUAGCUACGCCGCUGAUCAUCAUCAUAUCGACUGAAAGUCGUCAACUGCUGGAUUUAAGCCUCCAAAACAACCGAUCGUGCGUUUCCCUAUUCUAAUGAUUCCCUGAGAAAUUGGCCUAAAGGAUGACUCACGUUAGACCGGG